CGCAGUAACUUGGCCCACACCGACGAGUCGACAGUUUUGAACGGAACUUGCUGGUGCUUGGAUCGCAGCUCCGCCGAUCUCCGCGAGGCUAACACCACAAACUUAAACGCGCUCAAAUAUAUAUCACAAAUUAUUAAAUACAAAACCCCCCAUUUGUGCACACAUAUUUUUUGUUGUUUGUUUUUCGUUUCGUGCUAACCGAUUUGUGCCAUUGAACUUCGUGUAAAACAUAAUAUUUAGAAUUUUCAAGCCGUGUUUCCAUAAAAUAAUUGUAACGGAUUCUGUGUCCUCUAACGCCAUUGAAAACUGUUCUUCCAUCGCAUCCGCAUGGCCAUGUCCCGAAUCCGAAUUCUGAAGCCCAUGCAGCAUCCAUUGCUCAUCCUGCCAGUGCUCCUUCUCGUCCUGAUCGUCAGCGAGGCAGCGGCGGGCUCCUUGGUGUCCCCGAACAACAGGCAACCAUCGCAGAGGUUCUUCUACGCCGCCGCCACGUCCUCCUCCUCCACGCAGACCAAGGUGCGCCUGCUCCGCCAGGCGGACGAUCCCAGUGCGGCGCCGGGUGCACUGGAGGGCAGCUGCUGCCAAGGAGCAGCUGCGGAAGCCGGAACACCAUUGACGCUCCCACUGUCCGUGUCCGCUGAGCUGACCAACGUGACCGCCGACUACGAUGUGUCCGGCGAGAUGCCCUCCUCCAAGGAAAACUUUAAGCGCAGCAUCAUGAAAUCAACCGUGAGGAAUGCAACGCCGGCGAGCUGCUCCCCGCAACCGACGAUCGUGGAGCUGAAGCCACCGGCGGAGGACGAGGCGAACUACUACUAUAUGCCCGCGUGCACGCGGAUCAGCCGAUGCAAUGGAUGCUGCGGAUCCACGCUGAUCUCCUGCCAGCCAACGGAGGUAGAGCAGGUGCAGCUGCGGGUGCGCAAGGUGGACCGGGCGGCCACCAGCGGACGCAGACCGUUCACCAUCAUCACCGUGGAGCAGCAUACGCAGUGCCGCUGCGAUUGUCGCACGAAGGCGGAGGACUGCAACGUGUACCAGUCGUAUCGCAAGGAUUUGUGCCGCUGCGAGUGCCACAACACGGAUGCCCGGGACAAGUGCCUGGAGCAGGCCGAGAACAAGUAUUGGGUGGACGACAAUUGCACCUGCGUUUGCCGCUACAACCAGAGCUGCACCACCGGCACCGUCUUCGAUGAGACGCAGUGCAAGUGCACCGACGUGAGUGGCUCCCGAUAGGACACAGCUCCCUCGAGGCAGGGAUCCACGGGCAGGGAUUGGUUGCGAUCCGGUCUGGUCUGAUCUGGUCUGGUCUGGGGAACGGUUGUGCUCGUCCUUGGUUGGUUUGCGGUUGGUUCCUGGUGGUGGCUCCCUAGCUUAAGCUGUCCCAACAAGUUCCUCGCUUAUUUAUUAUAGCCAUUUCGUACAGUUGAUAGUUUUCUGGCAAAUAAUAGAAUUACUUAAUAGAAUUUAAAAGCCAUUGCUUGGAAAGGUUUCCAAAACCAUGGAAAUUCAUACUGCGCGAAUUCCUCAGCAUUGUAGUUUCUAGCUAUUUGAUAUAUUAAAGCAACCAAUCGCAUGGCCAAGUUCCCAUAUAAAGCAAAUAACUAAUGGGUAUUCAUAUGGUUUUUGCAGUUAAAGUAGAAAAUGAAUUAGUGAAAAACAUUUAGUAGUUAUCAGUUCAGAGUUCUCAGGUCCCACUGUUUGGUUUUUGGUUUUUGUUUAAACUUAUUAUUUGUUCAACUGCUGGCACACACUCUGUACAUAUAUAUAGUUUACGUAAUUUAAGUCACUUUAUAAAUGUAUGUAUGUUUUUACUUCUGUUUCUUUUGUGUUUCGUUUUAGAUUAAAAAUGUCGAGUAUUAUUCUUAGAGUCCACAAAAAAAAAAAAAACACAGCACACACAACAAACAAAUUUGUUCGAUUGCGAAACCUAAAACUCUUGUGAUACUGUUCAAUUAACUUUCUCGAAAAAAAGAACUAACCUUAAAUUAGCAUCUCUUGCUUAGCGAUUGGUUAAGGAUUGACAAAUAAAUGAAAAAAAAAAAACAUUAAAUAAAUAUAUAUAGCUGAGUUGAGGCAAAAAUGGGAGAAGGGAGUUGCAUUGUCCGGCUGCACCCAUCGAUGUCUUGGAUCGCAAACGCUUCAUUGUCCAGGCGGUACAGGUGGAUCCCGAUAACACCACCCUGUACAGUGUUUGAGGACAGUUGGUUCGCCACGGAGUACGAAGUAGAAACGCCAGCCUCCUAGCGGGGAAUCCCCGAGUACUGAGAAGGCAAUUGCCGGGGAAUUGCACCGUGUACUUUAUAAUAUUUAUAGUUAUCGAUUAAAUGUAGGCUAAAACUUCAAUAUCCCUAAACUUAACACACAGUAUUUACCCCACUCUGCAUCUGCGGCACAAGAAAAACUUUAAGUGGUUGCGCAGAAAUCUCUGACGAUUCGAUAUUUGCCUAAAAGUUUAUGGUUGGCCAGUAAAAAUCCACAGAGAAGUGUACUUUCAGAUACAUUUUCGAAGUAUUUUAGACCUUUGGAGAUUUCUGCACAAAUCCUGUACAUUACUUUUUAUGAAUUUGUUUAUAUAACUUUUUAAGCGCCUUUCACUUUGUAGCGGCUUUGUACACAUUUGUUGAUUUCCGUUUGUUUAAGUUUUAAGUCAUCCAAAAAUAGUUGUCCACAAUUUAAAGACUUUCAAUUAUCCGCCGUACUUCAUUUGUAUGUAACUUUUUUUUUUUUUGUAAAAAAAAUGUUAGAUUUAAGUUUGCGUAAAGAAAAUACAGACAAUGUAUUGAAUU